AUGGUCCGCAUCAAUUGUAUCACAACAGCAGCUACCGUUAUUGCUGUCUCACUUUCCUCUGCAUUGACAUUGGUCUCUGCCCACAUCCCCCUCAUCGAAUCCUCAUCCGGCCAUGCCUCUCACGCCCUCCAGAAACGACAAGCACCAGCAACAGUACCAAGUUGCAGCACAACCUAUGCCCCCAUCGCCACAGGAGCAUACCCAGUGAUCGACUGUGUUCCCUUCACACAGGAUCCUCAAGUCCAGACGUGGUUGAAAUUGGUCGAUUUCUCAAAGACGCCUGUCUUCCCUCCCUCUCAAAAGGGCGUGUGCCCCACGGAUACGACAUCGAUCCCUAAGGAUCAGUGUUGGUGGACCUGUCAAAAGUGCGAUGCGCCUGAUGAUAUUACGUCUUGUCCCACUACUGGGACUUGGGGAUUGACCUUUGACGACGGACCUUCCCCCGAUUCACCUCGACUGUACGACAACCUCCUCGAACACAACCAAAAAGCAACCCUCUUCAUCGUUGGCUCUCGCGCCAUCAGCUUCCCAGCAACCCUGAAGCGCGCCUAUAACGAGGGCCACCAGAUUGCCAUCCACACCUGGUCUCACCCCUCGAUGACCUCGCUCUCGAACGAGCAGAUCGUUGCAGAGUUGAAGUGGACCGAGAAGGCUAUCUUUGAUACCAUUGGCGUUACUCCUAUCUAUUGGCGACCCCCUUUUGGCGAUGUCGAUGCUCGUGUUCGCAACAUUGCCACUCAACUUGGGUAUAAAACCUCGAUCUGGACACAAGAUUUCGACACCAACGACUGGAACAUUCCUGCAGGAGCUGCUACACCCCAGUCGGUCGUGGAUACUUUCAAGGGUUGGCUGGUUAAAAUCCCCUCCAUGCCACACGGAUUCAUUGUCCUCGAACACGAUUUGUUCCCUGCGGAGGUGAAUGUGUCGAUUAAUGGAGUGCUGCCUUUGGCCUAUGCGACCAAGGGUCUGUUGAUGCAGCCCAUUGCUCAGUGCCUCAGUGAUGGCAAGCCUUACAAGGAGGGUGCCGGCACAUUCAAGUUGUUGUCUGGAACUAGCCCUGAUAAGAACUCUGCAACUGGAUUCGGUGGUGCCCGCGGAGGACAUGGGGUUGUGGUGGCCAGUGCCAUGACAUUUCUUGUUACCUUUAUCUUGAACCUUUGA